UAUCACCUUCAUCACCGUUCGUCCCGAGUGGGUUUGUGGCGUAAUCUGAGAGCAACAGCAGCAACAGUGUGCAGCCUCCCGCUGCGGGUGUUACGCGGCACAGUUGUGGUGGAUAUGAAGAAGAAAAUGAAGAUGAGCUUCGCUACGGCGCCGCUUCUCGCUGCUGGCCGACACCGCGGCCCGAUGCAAUUCCGAUGCCCCGUUCGCGGCCUGUGGCUGGUGCAAGCGGUGGCACCGCUGAUCUACCCUCGCUACUCCGCCGUCAAUGGGGCCGAUGAUGCCCCGACGACCGUGUCCGGCGCAGCGUGGCUCACCACGUCCAGUCCUCAGGCGACGCUGGGUUCGGUCGCCCGGUUCACCUGUGCGGCGCCCGUGUCCUGGGCGGCCUCCUUCCAGUGGUACGCGAACGAGGCGCUCGUCGAGGCGGACCAGUUCGCUCCCGGGCGGCCGUUCCGCGUCGCCCUUCGCCGCGGCGAGGACCGCGCGUCGAUGCCCGAGGAGCUCGCGUACACCGUGCUCGAGGUGCGCGCCGAACAGCCGAAAGUGGGCCGCGUCAGCUGCCUCGUCGCCACCAACGACACUCGCGUUAAGCGGCCGCGAAUGAGGAUGUCUUCGCCGUACAUCGUAAGCUCGGACGGCGGUCGCCGGCUCCACUAUUCGCACAACGCCACCUGCGGCCGCACGCGAAGGUGCGUGGACGGGAAUUCCAGCUGCUACGCCGAUCUCGCCGCACAGGUUCGCCGCUGCCUGUGCGUGCGCGGCUACCCGUUCUACUCGGCGCCGCGCGCCUCGUGCCUCAAGCACUACACGGGCCUGGGCUCGCACUGCGUCAACAACCUCGACUGCAGGGACGAGCCGAACUCCGUGUGCGGCUCCGCCGGCCGCUGCGUCUGCGCGCCUUCGUACAGCGGCGAGUACCAGUUGGGACAGUGCGUGCGCGAGGUGGGCCUCAUGGGCGCCUGCAGCGCGGAGACCAUGUGCAGCGCGGAGCAUUCGCACUGCAGCGCAAACCUCACGUGCCAGUGUUACCAGGGCCGGCGUUACGACGGCUCCAAGUGCGUGGCCGACGUGCGCGGCGAGGGCCUGCGGUUUCGCGCCGGCUUCUUCGUGCUCGUCGCCGCGUUGUGCCUCAUCGCGCUGGCCGCCCUGGUGGGCACGGCGGUCGCGCGAGCCGCGUGCCAGCUGCUGCCGAUCAGGCACGGCGCACGGGACAGCAGGCACCGCCGGCUCGUCGUCAGGCUGCUCUGAGGGCGGGCAGGCAUCGUCGUCCCGCGCCUGAGUCACCCAUGUAUACCUGACGGGAUGUCCUGCAGGGGGCGCUGGCAAUAAAUAUGACUAUACGCCG